CGUCGUCGUAGACGUCGCUUCUGUGCCGAGUGUCCGUUACAGCCGCGUCAACGGUCGCCAGGCGACGAGACAGCCGCUGUAUCGCGUAGACGAGCAUCACCGAGAGAACAUCCCUUAAGACUGGGUCGCCGAUGCGCAGCUGCGACGCUUACUGCGGAGUGCUGGCCAACUGCGGGGCACAGAGCCGAGGACGGAUCCGCGCCCCUAGGUAGCGACUGCUGCGCAGCCUCAUUGGCAGCGCCGAGGGCUCGCGCUCGGCCAUGAACGCGACCGUCACGGCGAUGGUCGGUAACGCCGGGAACAACGGGAGGCUCGGGCCCAUCGUCGCCGCGGCUGCUACCCAGCAACCGACGUCCGACAUAGGAGCGACAGCAGCGGCGGCGACGAAGCAGCCCAAAUCGGUCCAAGGUCCGCGCUGCGUCACCAUCUACAAGACCGAAACCGGCUUCGGAUUCAACGUGCGCGGCCAGGUGAGCGAGGGCGGCCAGCUCCGAAGUAUCAACGGCGAGCUCUACGCGCCCCUCCAACACGUCAGCGCCGUUCUGCCCCACGGGGCCGCGGAGAAGGCCGGCGUACGCAAGGGCGACCGCAUCCUGGAGGUGAACAAUGUAAAUGUCGAAGGAGCGACUCACAAACAGGUAGUGGACCUUAUAAAGUCAGGCGGUGACGUAUUGACUCUUACUGUGAUCUCAGUGACACCUCAAGAAGCUGAAAGACUGGAACCCUGCGAAGACCUAAGCUACUCAUCGGUGGAUUACAGUGAGAAAAGGUCUUUACCCAUCAGUGUUCCGGAUUAUCAUCUACGAGAGAGGAAGCACGAACGCUACGUCGUUUUUAACGUGCACAUGGCGGGUCGUCAUUUAUGUUCUAGACGUUAUCGUGAAUUCGCCGCACUCCAUUUAGCCUUGAAGAAGGAAUUUAUUGGCUUUAAUUUUCCAAAAAUACCUGGAAAAUGGCCGUUCCAACUGAACGAGCAGCAGCUGGAUGCAAGACGACGAGGGCUCGAGCAAUACUUGGAGAAGGUCUGCGCCGUACGGGUUAUCGCUGAAAGCGAUGCGAUGCAGGAGUUCUUGACCGAUAGGCUGGACGAGGAUGGCGAUCAGGGGCCGGCAGUCGAUCUCAAAGUCUUGUUACCCGAUCGAGAGGUCGUCACCGUAACCGUACCCAAAGCCGCCUCGGCAAAGGAUGUAUAUGAGGCGGUCUGUUGUCGCGUCGGCCUCGAUGCCGAGACUUCAAAGUACUUUUAUCUCUUCGAAAUCGUCGAAUACAAUUUCGAAAGAAAGUUACAGCCGCAAGAGCACCCACACACAUUAUAUAUUCAAAAUUAUUCGACUGCCAGUGCCACUUGUUUAUCGAUCCGACGUUGGCUUUUCAAUGUUUCGAGGCCUCUUAGCGAGCAAGCGCUAACGUGGAUCUUUUGGCAGACCGUCGACGAAGUUAAUAGAGGUCAUAUCACUGCCGGCGAAAGACUAUAUCAGUUAAAAGCUUUACAAGAUGCAUCGAGAAAACACGAGUACCUACAAUUAGCCCAAGAGCUGAGCGGUUAUGGUGAUAUUGUCUUUCCGCAUUGCCCUUGCGAUUCAAGAAAGGAGGGUCAUGUAGUCGCCGCGGUGGGCAUGGCGGCUUUUAAAUUGCACGCGGCGAAGGAAGACGGUACGCUCGAGUCUCAGGUGGUGGAAUUCCAAUGGAAUACGAUUACUCGCUGGGAAAUUGAUGAUGAGGGAAUGGCUUUCUGUUUUCAGUAUACGCGCACGGAUAAUCGUCCGCCCCGUUGGCUGAAAGUUUUUACACCCUAUUACAUGUUCCUCUCCGAUUGUUUUGACCGGAUAAUCGAUGAGGCAAAAUGGGAGGAUCCUGAAUGACAAAAAGCAUAAAAUCAAUUCGACUUUUGGCAUUUUAUAAAAUUUGCUACGGAGUCUUCAAUAUACCUAGAUAAUUUUUAAGUUCCAGAUGAAU